AUGAUCUGCAGGUCGUGUCGCCGCGUGGUGGCUGUCUCCAAGACCUACUCGACCAGCAACAUCGUCGCCAGAGGUUCCGUCACAAGCCUCCCGUUCGCGACAAGAGAAUACUCCUCUCGGGUUGUUCUCACGACUCGGUCAACCACUUCGCACCAUGCCCUCACAGCUCCAUCACCGCUCCAGAACAUCCAGAAGAGCCUGAGACGGUGCUACUCCUCAGAGACGACGCCCACCUCGCCAGCCCUCGAGAAGCCCGACCACCUCGACGCCGCCGAGUCGACGAUAUGGGACAAACUGGUUGCCGAGUUCGCGCCCUCGGAGCUGAUCGUGCAGGACGUGUCGGGCGGGUGCGGCUCCAUGUACGCCAUUGACAUCACAUCGGCCAAGUUCAAGGGCGCAAACAUGCUGAGGCAGCAGCGCAUGGUCAACGCUGUGCUGGGCGACAUGAUGAAGGAGUGGCACGGCGUCCAACUGCGUACCAAGGCUCCCUGA